AUGAGCUGUUUCGGUUGUUGCCGUGAAGAUAAAUUGCUUGGAGCUGCUGAUUAUGGAGGCCAUAAUAUGACCAAACAAUCUGGAGGAAAUGAUGGAAGGAGAAAUGCAUAUGAUUAUGAAACUUCACAAAAGAGUGCUCAAUCUGUGAAAGUGCAGCCUAUAGAAGUAGCUGCUAUUCUCGCUAAGGAACUUAUCGAAGCAACGAAUGAUUUUGGAUCGGAUUCUCUCAUCGGUGAAGGAUCGUACGCAAGAGUGUAUUACGGAGUAUUAAAGGAUAAUAAUAAGCCUGCAGCUAUUAAAAAGUUAGAUUCUAACAAACAGCCUGAUGACGAAUUCCUUGCUCAGGUUUCCAUGGUUUCGAGGUUGAGUCAUGAUAACUUUGUUGAGCUUCUUGGUUACUCUGUUGAUGGGAAUUCGCGGAUACUUGUCUUUGAGUUUGCGAAAAACGGAUCUCUUCAUGAUAUUCUUCAUGGUAGAAGAGGUGUGAAGGAAUCAAAGCCUGGUCCACUCUUGUCGUGGCAUCAACGAGUGAAGAUCGCGGUUGGAGCAGCAAAAGGGCUUGAGUACUUACAUGAAAAGGCGAAUCCACGUAUCAUUCACCGCGACAUAAGGUCUAGCAAUGUUCUAAUCUUUGAUGAUGAUGUAGCGAAAAUCGCUGACUAUGAUCUUUCGAAUCAAGCUCCUGAUAUGGCAGCACGUCUUCAUUCGACUCGUGUUCUGGGAACAUUUGGUUAUCAUGCCCCUGAAUAUGCAAUGACCGGACAAUUGAGUUCCAAGAGUGAUGUGUACAGUUUCGGGGUUGUAUUGCUCGAGCUUCUUACAGGUCGAAAGCCCGUUGAUCAUACAUUGCCUCGAGGCCAGCAAAGUUUAGUCACAUGGGCUACACCGAAGCUAAGCGAAGACAAGGUUACGCAGUGCGUCGAUUCAAGACUCGGAGGAGAUUACAAUCCAAAAUCUGUUGCUAAGUUAGCUGCUGUUGCUGCAAUGUGUCUACAAUACGAAGCGAGUUGCAGACCAAACAUGAGUAUUGUCGUGGAAGCACUUCAACCAUUGUUGAAUGCUCGAACCAGACAUGCCGGAGUAGGACCACCCUAG